AUGUCUAGUAGCGGCAUCCCACCACGCCCAUCACGCUCCCUCGUCGGCAAGGUUGCCAUCGUGACUGGCGCGGGGUGCGCUGACGGUGGGCUAGGCAGCGGGCGCGCCAUCGCCAUCCUCCUCGCGGAAGACGGCGCCUCGGUCGUCUGCGUCGACCUCGACCUCGCACUCGCCGAGAAGACGGCGUCGCUGGUCAGCGAGGAGCACGCCCAGAAGCAGCACGGCGGCCGCGGGCUCGCCAUGCAGGCAGACGUCUCCAGCCUGGAGGACUGCAGGGCCGUCGUGCAGAGGACCAAGGCGGAGCUGGGCAGGCUGGACAUUCUGGUCAACAACGUGGGCAUCCUAGGACCCCGGGGCACCGCGGUGAGUACCGAGUUGGCGGACUGGGCAAAGGGGCUGGAGGUCAAUGUAACGAGCAUGAUGCUCAUGACCAAGUUCGCGGUGCCGGCGAUGCUGGAGAACGAGCGCGGGGAUGGUGGCAUCCGCGGUAGCAUCGUCAACGUGGGGUCGACGGCUGGGCUGCUGGGUGGUGCGAACGGCCUGCUGUAUACGACCAGCAAGGGUGCCGUGGUGCAAAUGACCCGGGCCAUGGCGGUCGAUCACGGCCAAGAUGGCAUCCGGGUCAACACUGUCUGUCCGGGAACGAUAUACACACCCAUGGUAUACUCGAAAGGGAUGACGGAUGAACGUCGAGAGGCCCGCCGCGAGAGAACCCUUCUCAAGACCGAGGGCAACGCGUGGGACAGCGCCGCAGCAGUGAGGUUCCUCGCAGGAGGCGAUGCGCGCUGGAUCACGGGGACGGUGGUGACGGUUGAUGCUGGUAGCAUAUGUUACAGUGAGUUUUGA